AUGGAACAGGCCUCCAGAUAUUUCCCCAAGACAAUAGCUACUGCAGCCACAUUUUGGCCCUCAUUUGGCCAACACUUGACCAUCGUUACUGUUCGGAUUGCUACGUCCAGUUUUCAGAUACCAUGUGUCAUUCAGCUCCUCUUCAAUUUUCGUGUGGAUUGGACGAGCUCAGCCCUUCCUGCUGUCAUGUCGGCUAUUUCAUGUUCUGGGACGUCUUAA